AUGGAUCCCCACCUCAAGCUUAUCCUGGACGAGCUCCAGCAAUCGAAGUUGGAGUUCGCCCGUCGCUUCGAUUCCCAUGAGGAGCGCUGGGAGCGGCGCUUCGCCGACCUUGAGCGUGAUCGCACCACUCGCGCUGCCGCCGUGGACGCCCGCUUCGACAAGCUGGAGUCCGCCUACACCGCCCCGCCGUCCGAGGAUGUCGUCCGCCGUCUCGACGCCCUGGAGUCCGACGUCGCAGCGCGCCUCACCAACCUCGAGCUCGUCCGCGCCUCCGACCCGGUCAACGACGAGCGCGAGGCCCGUGUCGCCGCUCUGGAGGCCGCGACCAAUGACAUCAGUUCCUGGCGUCCCGAGGUCGAGGGCGUCGUCGACGAUCUUCGGCUAAAGGUUCAGAAGGUGUCGAUGCACUACGACCGCGCGGAAUUCGACUCUUCGUCCCACAGCCCGGGUCUCCUCAUCGGCCCGACGUCGACAGUUGCGCGCUUACCGCCCGUUGUUGGGCAUGGCUCUGCACCUCUUCCACGGGAUAUUGGGUCUGGAUCCUUCGCGGUUCCCAUCCAAUUCCCGGCCAAUGCCUAUAACAAGGCGGUCGAUCCUGUGUUUUACGUCACCCGUUUCGUAGAUGGCUUACGCCCUGAAAUUCGCUCUGUUAUUAUUGUUCAACGCCCCCAGAGUUUGGAUGCUGCUUGUACCUUGGCGUUAUUGCAGGAGGAAGCCGGUGUUGGUGGUACCAAGGAUUCUUCACGAUCCUCCUCUGUUCCGGCUUACAAGCCGAAUCUCAAGAAUGCAAUGCCUCUGCCUCUUCUACCAGCGGCAACCAAGACGCAGGCUGUGGUUGCUGCCCCUGCCCAGUCUGAUGCAGAGUCCAAGCUCUCGGCUCUGAAAGCUUAUCGCCGUGCUAUGGGCCUCUGUUUCAAGUGCGGCCUCAAGUGGUCCAAGGAUCACAAGUGCUCCCAAGAAGUGUUGCAUGCUGUUCAAGAUAUUUGGGAAUCUCUCUCUGCAAUUGGCGCUCCCUUGCCUGGUGAGGACGUUUCUACUGCUCCUGAACAAUUGUUUCUGGCAAUUUCUUCAGCUGUUACCUCUGGUGCUCCUGCUUAUAGUACUAUUCAGUUUGUUGAUACUCUUGGGGGUAUUCCAGUUACCAUACUGUUGGACUCUGGCAGUACAUCAUCUUUUGUCAGCGAGUCCUUAGUUAUGCAGUUGAGCUCUCAGCCCAAUGCAAAUUCAUUGGAAGCAUAA